GCAAAACAGUCCGUGCUGCGCAUGCUCUGAUACUGACGGACGCUGAAACUUUUUGAAAUAAAAAUAACGAAUUAGUGAUCACAUCAUUACCAUCGCUUGGAAUAACUGGAGAAGCGUGUAGUUAUUAUUUUUAACCCUUAAAAAGGCAUUUCUAUGGCUGCUAAAAAGAAGGAGAUUAGUUUACAGAUAAAUAUCAAUAAUGACGAUCAAUGGAGUGAAGUUCUGGCAACGAAAGGGUUAAUAGUGGUUGAUGUGUACCAGCAGUGGUGUGGACCCUGCCGAGCCGUCGUCAGUCUCUUUAGAAAGAUCAAGAAUGAGCUGGGAGACGAGCUGCUGCAUUUUGCCACGGCUGAGGCUGAUGGGAUUGAAGCUCUGGAGAAGUACAGAGGAAAGUGUGAGCCCACCUUUCUGUUUUAUGCGGGUGGGCAGCUCGUGUCAGUUCUGCGGGGGCCAAACGCUCCUCUCCUGCAGAAGACCAUACAGGAAGAGCUGAGCAAAGAGAAGAGCGUCCUAGAGCAGGGGGCAGAACGCAGGGCGGUGAAAGAUGAAGGUUUAACUGAAGAGGUGAAUGAUGACAUUGAGGAUCACCCACAUGAGGAAGAUGUGACCGUUUCUGCUGAUAAGUCUUACACAGUGGCAAUAAUAAAGCCGGAUGUGGUGGCACACGGCAAAGCAGAUGAGAUUAUUAUGAAGAUUCAGGACGCAGGGUUUGUGAUUUUAGCCCACGAGGAGAGAACGCUGAGUGAAGCAGAAGCUGAAGACUUCUAUCAACACAAAGCAGCAGAGCCUUACUUUCAGGAACUCAUCCAAUUUAUGUCGAGCGGCCCGUCGCAUGUCCUGGUCAUUUCUAAAAUGGAGGGCUGUGAGGACGUCAUCCCAGCCUGGCGGGAAUUCAUCGGUCCACCGGAUAUUGAAGAGGCCAGGGAGAAGCAGCCGGAGAGCUUGCGGGCUCAGUACGGUACCGAGACCCUUUUGAACGCCUUACAUGGCAGCUCUGACAGCGAGCAGGCCAGCAGGGAGCUGGCUUUCUUCUUCCCGAACUUCAGGAUGGCGAUGGCGGACUCGAGCUCGGAGCGGGCCGGGCCGGAACAGGAGCAUGUGGAGAGGACGCUGGCGCUCAUCCGCCCAGACGCUGCCAGGGAAAACAGAGAGGAGAUUCUGGGCAGGAUCCAUGAAGCAGGUUUCAAAGUGGCCAUGAAGAAAGAGAUCAUGCUGUCUGAGGAUCAGGUCAGGCAGUUCUACAGCUCUCAUCUGGAGCAGGAAUACUUCCCCAGUUUGCUCGAGAGCAUGACCAGCGGGCCUGUGUUAGCACUAGCUCUAGUAAAAGAAGGAGCCGUGGAACACUGGAGGAACAUCCUGGGACCCAAAGACCCCAUCAAGGCUAAAAGUGAAGAACCUAACAGUUUGCGAGCUCAGUUCAGCAAUGGGAACUCCAGUAUUAACCAGCUGCACGGCAGCAGAAGCUCAGAGGAGGCGGAGAUGGAGAUCGGCUUCUUCUUCCCACCAGAGGACACACUCGCGGUCAUUAAACCCGACACUGAACGCAAAGAGGAAAUCCUGGAGGACAUUCAGGCCAGAGGAUUCACUAUUUCCCGUCUGAAGGACACAGUUCUGUCCAGAGAGAUGGCAGAAGAGUUUUAUAAAGAACACCGGGACAAACACUUCUUCAGCCAGCUGGUGGAUUACAUGUGUCGCGGCCCAUGUACAAUGAUGAUUCUGACGAAGGAGAACGCAGUGGAGGAGUGGAGGCAGGCCAUGGGCCCGACGGACCCCAGCAAGGCCAGAGAUACGGCCCCAGAUUCUCUGAGAGCGCGCUUUGCUAAAGACGUGCUGGAGAACGCCGUCCACGGAUCCUCCAACACGGAGCACGCGCACCAGAAGAUACAGUUCAUCUUUGGAGACAUCGGAUCCGAGAGAGAGAUCAUCGACGGCGAUGCUUCACCUCCGUUAGAAACGGAAGAGAGCUUCGCAGAGCUCAAGAAUCUACAAGCUUCAAGAUCUCCGUCGUUUGAUGACUCGAGGAACCAGAGAGAGCCGAGCACUACAGAAGGAGCUGAAGAGAUCAACCCUGAACCGACAGAGAGUCACGCAGCAUCAUGUGAUGAGACCGACACACUAGAGACGCCCGCCUCCAGUCAGCAGGACGCAGAAGGAGCUGAAGAGAUCAACCCUGAGCCGACAGAGAGUCACGCAGCAUCAUGUGAUGAGACCGACACACUAGAGACGCCCGCCUCCAGUCAGCAGGACGCAGAAGGAGCUGAAGAGAUCAACCCUGAGCCGACAGAGAGUCACGCAGCAUCAUGUGAUGAGACCGACACACUAGAGACGCCCGCCUCCAGUCAGCAGGACGCAGAAGGAGCUGAAGAGAUCAACCCUGAGCCGGCAGAGAGUCACGCAGCAUCAUGUGAUGAGACCGACACACUAGAGACGCCCGCCUCCAGUCAGCAGGACGCAGGGGAUGCGACAAAUUCUUGAAAUCUGCACAAUCAUCUGUCAAAGAAGAGGAGAGGUGAAGAUGAAGUUUGGACCUGAAGGAGUUUAUAAAACAGCCAGUGAUCUCCAGCUUCAUCUUCAGUCAUGCGUCUCUUAUAAAUCGUUUACAUCCUCUUGUGAAUUAAACGCUCUGAAGACA